GCUAUGCUGGAAAGUUGGAGCACAGCCUGCUCUCUGGCUAGAUAGCUCGUCCCCCUACUGAAUAACAAGGCUGGAAAUCAAGAGGGGACAAGACAAAAAGGAAACACGUCUCCUCUGUUUGAGAUCUCACCACAGACACAGGAUAUUUUUCACCUGGUUUGCCUCUUUAAUGGAACAAAUGUGGACUUAUCGUGUGUGGCAAAGCAGGGCAUGGCUUUAAGCAGAUUCCUGCUGCUAUGUCUGCUAGCCUAUGAAGCGUGGGAUGCCGAGACCAAGCCCAUUGACUUUGUGUGCAGCAGAUCCGCCAGGAGGGCAAUGAAUAUUGUGUCAGAGAUACAAACUGCAAUGAAUGACUGCAACAGUUCCACCAGCUUGUCCACGCCAGUUCAUCUACCCUGCACUGUGCUCCACGUAGCAUCUUGGGAAAGAAAAUCACACCAGGAGAAGAGACAAGAAAUCAGUGCAUCCUUGAGGCUUCUUAUGGAGGGUGUGAAGGCGGCGAGACACCCCAGCCAGGCUGAAUGCAGCUUGGUGCUUUUGCAAAGACUAGAGCAUAACAUCAACAGCUACCUCCUCAUCCUCACACAUCUUCAAUUGGGUGUAAGGAGCUGUCAAGGAUCAGCAGAGAUCAGUGGACGGCGCAGAAUUGUCUUGUGUUCCUGAAAGCAGCCUCAGUUUGAGCACGGUCCUGCUGAACUACAACCGCCUGAUCACAGGAAAACUGGAGCGGUUGAUGAUUAGCCUAGAAAGCCGAUGCACUUCCCAAUGAGAAUAUGGACAUCUUCAAGAAACACCACUCUUCAUUGAUCCAAUAAUAGGGGGAGGUGCUGUAUUAAUGGGAUGAGAAAAAAAUAUUUUUAAAUGUUCUGAACUCCUGUUUCAACAUGUUGGCAAUGCUGCUCGGAGGGGUUGUGAUAGUGUGGAUAUAGUUCAACUUCCCAUAACUAGUUGAGACUGAAGCAACAGCACUUUUGCUGGUUGCAGUCAAGUAGUGCACUCCAUUUUUUUGUCAAUUCCUUCCAAACCCAAUCAAUCAACAAUCAAUUCCACACUAUCAACUGAAUUCAACAACAAGCAUGGUCUUAUUAAGUCUAGUUUCGUAAGGGUUGAUGUUGUAUAAUAUGUUGUAUAAUAUGGAUAUUCAUCCAUCUAUUCUAUAAAAAAAUUUAACUCUUAAAAUAUCCAUCCAUCUAUUUUCUAUGCCGCUUAUCCUCAUUCAGGUCUCAAGUAUGCUUGAGCCUAUCCCAGCUGACUUCAGGCGAGAGGCGGGGUACACUCUGGACUGGUCGCCAGCCAAUCACAGGGCACAUAUAGACAAACAACCAUUCACACUCAAAUUCAUAUCUAUGGACAAUUUGGAGUCGCUAAUUAACCGAACAUGUUUUUGGAAUGUGGGAGGAAACCGGAGUACCCAUGCACAGGGAGAACAUGCAAACUCCACACAGAGACGCCCAAGGGGAAAUUUGACCCCAGAUCUUCCUGAUCUCCUGACUGUGUGGCCAGUUUGAAAUGAUCUUGAUGGAGACUGCUUUAUAGUAUUAUUAUUGUAGCGUUUGAAAUAAAAUAAACUGAAUGA